ACGUACUUUAAGGUUAAAUUCUUCCUAUUACACGUUCCUUUCAUACAUCUAGAGUUUGCUCAAAUAAAAUUGCAACAGAAGCAAAAGUAGAUGAAAAUAAAGACGUCUCAAAGAUAACUGAACAUGAUCAUAGAACUAUUGGUAAAGCACAAUCAUUGUUCAUGAUUCAUCCCGUUAGUCCUGGUUCAAUCUUCAUGCUACCUCAUGGAACUCGAAUUGUACAUAAGCUACAAGAUUUUUUAAGAAAAGAAUAUGCUCGGUAUGGGUAUCAAGAAGUGAUGACCCCUCUAAUUUAUAAAAAGGAUUUAUGGGAAACAAGUGGACAUUGGCAGAAUUAUAUGGAAGACAUGUUUAUGGUCAAAAGUGGACAUGCUCAUGAUUGUACUCAUAGUCAUGAUGAUAAAGAUCAUUCCAUAGAUACAAAUGAAGGGUUGUUUGGAUUAAAGCCUAUGAAUUGCCCUGGUCAUUGUCUAAUCUUUGAUAGCACACCUAAAUCAUAUCGUGAUCUUCCUAUUCGAUUAGCUGACUUUAGUCCUCUUCAUAGAAAUGAGGCUUCCGGUGCAUUAACAGGCUUGACAAGAGUACGUCGUUUUCAUCAAGAUGAUGCUCACAUCUUUUGUACAGAAAAACAAAUUACUUCAGAAAUUACCUCAUGUUUAUCAUUUGUAGAUCAUGUUUAUUCAGCGUUUAAAUUCCCGCAUUAUGAUUUAACUUUAUCGACUAGACCUAAAUCACAUUACAUUGGUACAAUCGAAGAAUGGAAUCAUGCUGAAGAAGCCUUGAUUCAAGCUUUAAAUAAAAGUGAACGUCCAUGGACAAUUAAGGAAGGUGAUGGAGCCUUUUAUGGACCUAAAAUUGAUAUUAUGGUGAAGGAUUCAAGUGGUAAAUCUCAUCAAACAGCUACGAUCCAACUCGAUUUUCAAUUACCUCAGCGAUUUGGAUUAAAAUACAUUGAUAAAAAUGAUGAAGCUCAAACACCUGUGAUUGUUCAUCGUGCUAUUCUUGGGUCCAUUGAACGAAUGAUGGCCAUCUUAAUUGAGCAUACAGGAGGUAAAUGGCCUUUUUGGUUGAGUCCUCGUCAAGGUAUUGUUAUUCCUGUAGCCACACCAUUUUCAGACUAUGCUAAAAAAGUAGCUGACCAUCUAUCCCUGGGCACAAAUACAACAAGUGAUAAUGCACACUAUUUCGUUGAUGUCAACAAUUCUCAUGAUCGACUCAAUAAAAUGAUUCGUCAAGCUCAACUCCAACAAUAUAAUUUUAUUUUUGUUGUAGGACAAAAGGAAAUGGAUGAAGGCGUUGUAAAUGUAAGAACGCGUAAAGGUGAUGUUUUAGGCACAAUGACUAUAGAGCAAGUUCGUGACAUGUUCAGUUCGAUGACUACUAAAUUAGAAUAAUAAUGUAAAUAUACAAUAAACUAAUGUACCAAUAAAUAAAUGAAUGAAAAUGACUAUAUAAAGCCUUUAUCAUUUAAAGCAAAAAAAAAAAGUAUAUAUAUUAGGUAAAGAGGAAUAGUUAGCAAGCAAUGAAAUGAAUUAACAUAAAGCAAAUUGCCUUUUU